UCGUGGUCUGAGAUCCCGGCGUCCCGUUGGAAGGGAAGCAGUUUCUGGUCUGCAAUCAAGAAGCGCAACGCAGCCAUUAGCAAAAGUGGUCACUUUAUCAAACAGGAUGUUUCCCGUUUCGAUGCUUCCUUUUUUGGUAUCUCCUCAGCCGAGGCGACAGCCAUGGACCCUCAGCAUCGUCUCAUGACUGAGGUGGCCUACGAAGCAGUUGAAUCGGCUGGAGUGUCACUGGAAAGGCUCCAGGGUUCCAAGACCGGUGUAUGGAUGGGUCAGUUCACAUCCGACUACAGGGAAAUGCUGUACCGCGAUCCAGACGCAGCGCCGCCAUAUGCGGCCACCGGCUUGCCCAAAACAAGCCUGGCGAACCGAAUCAGUUGGCUGUGGGACCUGAGGGGCCCUAGCUUGACUCUUGACACCGCGUGCAGCUCAUCUCUAGUUGCUUUACACUUGGCCUGUGAAAGCUUGCGAAGUGGCGAGGUCGACAUGGCCAUCGUCGGCGGGUGCAAUCUGAUGCUGGGACCCGACGUUUUUAUCUUCUUCGGCGGACAAGGCUUCCUUUCUCCAGACGGCAAGUCGAAAUCAUUCGACAUAUCAGCCGAUGGUUACGGUCGUGGAGAGGGCUUUGGUGCCGUGAUCUUAAGACGCGCUGAAGACGCAAUCCGGGAUAGGGAUCCUCUUCGUGCUGUUAUUCGUGGAACUGCAUGCAAUCAGGAUGGACACACCAAGGGUUUUGUCCAGCCUAGCUCAGAAGCUCAGGCAAGUCUUAUCAAGGAAGUUUAUGCGAAGGUUGGACUUGGAUUUGAAGCGACAGGUUACGUAGAAGCUCAUGGAACCGGGACGCAAACAGGAGACACCCAGGAAACUUUGGCUCUUUCUCAAACACUCUCAGCAUCUCGCUCUGCAGCAAACAAGCUGUUGGUUGGCUCGGUCAAAUCAAAUAUUGGGCACUUGGGAGCUGCGGCUGGUGUGGCUGCCGUGAUCAAAUCGGUUUUGAUGUUAGAGCAUGGCAUGGUCCCACCCAACAUCCAUUUCAAAACCCCCAACCCAAAGAUCCCCUUCGAUGAUUGGAACAUUCAGGUGCCCACCUCUCUUAUACCCUUCCCAGCCAACAAGGCCGCCAAAGAUAUAAGACACAUCAGCGUGAACUCGUUCGGCUAUGGUGGGACAAAUGCCCACGCGAUUAUUGAUGAUGCUGCCUCUUAUCUCAAAUCACGCGGCGAAAGAGAGGGCUUGCACUUCACAAAGACCAUUGAGGGCCGGCAACUCACCAACGGUUAUGAUGCAUCCGGCAGUGGGGCUCCGGGAUCUAGAAAUCUCAAUCGCAUUUAUCCCAUCACCUCGCAAUCCUCCAAAGGACUCGCGCGUACCAAGAAGGCCCUCGCAUCAUAUAUUCGCUCCCCAUCAUUUGCAACCCUGACGGAGAAGCAACAGGCGGAGCUUCUUCAAGAUUUAGCCUUUACCUUGAGCAAAAGGCGCUCUAUAGCACAGUGGAAAACAUAUGCCGUCGCGUCCUCCUCAUCCAUGCAAGAUGUUGUCCAAGUCCUGGAGAAGAAGGACGCCACGGUUGCAGAGACGCUCAGUUCACGCACGCCAAGGCUUGGCUUUGUAUUUACUGGCCAGGGUGCGCAGUGGCCGGCCAUGGGCAUGGAGCUUUUCGAGGCAUACGGAGUAUUCCGCCAGAGCGUCGAGUCAGCCGACGCCUACCUGCGAGAUGAACUCAGUUGCGAAUGGUCAGUGAUUCAGGAGCUUGGCGAAAGCACCAAGGAGAAAUCCAAAAUAGGGAUUGCAACAUAUUCGCAGCCGCUCUGUACCGUACUGCAGGUUGCUCUAGUCGACCUCUUGAGGGACUGGAAGAUUAUGCCACAAUCAGUUGUGGGACACUCGUCUGGCGAGAUCGCCGCGGCAUACUGCAUGGGUGCACUUUCACGCGAGUCCGCCUGGAUGUUGGCAUAUUUCAGAGGUACACUCUCGACGACUCUCAAGCAGGUGGCGCCUGAUAUCCAGGGCGCUAUGCUCGCGCUCGGGUUAGGACCGGGUGAAGCCACUGCUAUGAUUGAGAAGGCCCAGGCAGGGGCACAGGUCAGCGUUGCCUGCGUCAACUCCCCAACCUCUGUUACCAUAUCCGGAGACGCUGAUGGAAUAGAAAGGAUGCUAGUGGCGGCUGAGAGUGAAGAAGCUUUUGCUCGCAAGCUGCAGGUAGAUACGGCCUAUCAUUCGUCUCAUAUGGAGCUGGUCUCACAGGAUUACAUGAGUUCCAUAUACGAUCUGAAGGUUGAACCAAAUGCAGCCAAAUCUGGGAUCCGCAUGCACACCUCAGUUACAGGCGCCGUGGUUCAUGACCCGGACGAGCUAGGUCCCGCCCAUUGGGUUAAAAACUUGAUUUGUCCCGUUCAGUUCUCAGCGGCGAUUCAGGACCUGGCAAGACCCUUGUCGACUGGAUCUAAAAAACGGUCGCGAGAAAACGCCGUCGAUAUACUGGUGGAGAUCGGCCCCCACUCGGCUCUUCGAGGGCCUUCUGUCCAAUCCCUUCAAGCCAUUGGCGUUUCCAGCGUGCCGUAUUUUUCUGCCAUCACGAGGAGCGAGAACGGAGUGCAGACGGCACUGGGCCUUGCUGGUACGCUUUUCAGCCACGGCGUUCCCCUUGAUUUUGCCGCCGCCAAUGGAAACAAGUCUUCUCCACGGCCACCUCGGACCUUGGUAGAUCUGCCUCCGUACCAAUGGAACCACUCCCAGAAAUACUGGGCAGAGACCCGCCUUGUAAGGGAAUUCAGACUUCGAGAGCAUGGUCCAAGAAGCCUGAUCGGAGCACCCUUUCCUGCGACGUCGGCCAACGAGCACAUAUGGCGGGGGUUUCUAAGACUCGAGGAGCAGCCAUGGGUUAACGAUCACAAAAUCAACGACUUGACUCUAUAUCCCGGCGCUGGAUUCAUCUCCAUGGCGGUAGAAGGUAUAAGACAAAUGGCGUUUGAUCAGGACACGCAAAACACAAGGACUAUAACAGGCUUUCGGCUCCGCGACAUCCAGCUUAUAUCUGCGAUGCUUGUCUCACCGGACAAGGGUGAAAUUGAAUACACCCUGAGUCUGAAGGCUGGGGCAGAUGAAGGCUGGUACCGGUUCGCUGUCGCUAGCUCUGGAGAUGGUCGGUCUCUGACUGACAACUGCAUCGGAGCUGUGCUGGUUGAGUACGAUGAUGUCCAACUGGGUUCAGCAGAGCAGUUGGAGAUUGCUGCUGCUUUCGCGACAGCUUCGUCUUCUUGCCACCAAACUGUCGAUCCGGGCAAGUUUUACGAGACCCUUAGACACGUUGGUUUCCACUACGGCCCCUGUUUUUCGAACGUCACUUCACUCUCUUGCAGACCCGGCACAUGCGUGGGUAGUAUCGUCAUUCCCGACGUUGGUUUCACAGUUGCCGACACCAGCCCUAUAUUGGACAAUCUGUACAAGGAGCGACCGCAUAUCGUGCAUCCAACCUUCCUCGACGCCGUAUUCCACUUGGGGUUUGCUGCGCUCAUGGGAGAUGGCCAAAAGAUGACCAACCCAAUGGUUCCAACAUAUAUUGACGAGAUAUACUUGAGCAGUCGUCUACCUAUUGAUGUUGGAAAGCACCUGAAGGGCUUCGCUUAUGCUAAAAUGGCCGGGCUGAGGAACCUCCAAGCUGAGAUUGCUGUCAUGGACGAGCAAGAGAGUAGCCCCGUUUUGACAAUACGGGGAUUACAUUGCUCCCAGAUUGAUAAUGCCACGUCCGGAGCCGCAGGCACUGGGUUGCCUCCCGCCGUCAAAAAGUACGCAAGUCAAAUGAUUUGGCGACCUCACCUGCAACUGCUUUCUGAGCAGGAUCUCAAGUCAUGGAUCCAAUCCAAGGCCAAGACCGUCGAUGAGGUGUUGGCAGAGUAUAUUCAACUGUCACAUCACAUAAGACCGGGCAUGGCUUUGCUAGAAUUUACUCCCACAGAGACGAGUCAAUCGUUGCUGUCGUCACUUAUCAGUUUCGGCAUAGCACCACUGCUAAACACAGCUAGAUACACUGUUUGCGUCCCAAGCACUACGGCUGUUGAUGGGAUUAAAAACUCUUUGGAGCCGGUGUCAGCCAUGCUGGACAUGUCUAUCCAUGUGACUACGUCCCACUUGUUCUCAGAAAAGCCCCCAGAUACCUCCGAGACAGCGCCUCUCCCUUUGGCGGACCUGGUUCUAACGGUUGACCUGUGUGCAAGAGGGCUGGAGCACACUAGAGAGUUACUUCAGAAAUUAUCCGAGCACCUGUCCACCGAGGGCGAGCUGCUCGUUGUCCAACAUGACGCAGGAAAUGUCUCUAGUCUUAAUCACCUAGCCCGGCAAGCUGGUCUAGUCGUUGACGCCGAGAUUUCAGCAGCUGGUGGCGUGCUCAUAGUCCUGAAAACCAUGGAUGUCAUCAAAGAGCAGGAUCAAAGCAACGGCAAAAGACCUACGGAAAAGCCCGUGACGCUGCUGACCUGGCCUUCGGCAACCCAGGCGGCCAAGGUUUUCCUUCAGGAUCUAUACAAAUCGCUCUUAUCCGUAGGGCUUUCACCUUCAAUCGUGAACUGGGACCCAGCGCGUGUGCAUUCACUGCAGGAUAAGGACAUCAUCUCUUUGCUUGAGUUGGAGAAGCCGUUUUGGCGAGACCUCGUCGCUGCCCCAGACGGUACAGGUGAAGCUUCUUUCCUGUCUGCACGAGAUCUCAUCCUCUCGUCGGAGAGUGUGACUUGGAUAACAGGAUUUGCGGACCCGGCUGCCGAGAUGGUCGUUGGCAUUGCACGCGUGGUCCGCAAUGAGAACCCCGGCCUUAGCUUUCGCACAAUCAACAUUUUCGAUCCCCUGAACACACGAGCCGCGGAGCUCGUAUCAAAAUGUUUUGUUCUGCGCGGUGCUAUACAGCCUGAUGACACAGAGUUCAGACUCGAUCAAGGCGUCGUACAGGUCAACCGCGUGAGUGUUGACAUGGACGCCAACGACGCAAUGGACAAGCGCAUGAGCGCAGCCAACGCCGCCGCACUUAGGCCAAUAGAGAAGGUUAAACUAGCCUCUCUGGCAAAAAGCUCCUGCCUCCGACUGGCUGUGGAAGUUGCAGAUGGUCUCGACUCUCUCCACUUUGUGCAAGAAAAGCCCCUUGCCAAAGGCAAUGUGACCCUGCCAGAGGACCUGGCGGAAGACGAAAUUGAGAUCGCCGUCGAGGCAUCAUGUUUACGCGAGGCUGACCUGGCUACUGUCAAAGGCCAGAAUCGACUUGAUCCCACGCUCCUUGGCCUUGAGGCUUCGGGGAUUGUGACCCGAAUAGGCUCAAAAGAAAGCAAAUUCAGGCCUGGUGACAGGGUCAUGGUUCUGACACCCGGUGCGCACCGGACGCUACUUAGAACGAAGUCCGGACUCGUGGGGAAGAUGCCAGAUGGCCUGAAGUUUGAAGCCGCCGCGUGUAUCCCAUUUGCCUUUACCACGGCCUGGCACGCUCUCGUGUACCUGGCCAGACCGACAAGCUGCAUUGAAAGAACCUGUUUAAUAAUUGAUGCAUUAAACGCUGUCGGCAGGCAGGCGCUGCAUAUUGCGCGACAAUUGGGUUUUCAAGUUUUCGUCACCGUGGAUUCGGUCCUACAAGCUGACUAUGCUGUUAACGUUUUAAACGUUAACCGCUCACACAUUAUAAUUCUACCUUCCAUCGGCGUUUGGAACUUGCCCCGCGCCAUUACACGGCUAAUUCCUGGCAAACAGGGACUUGAUAUAGUAAUCGACUGCUCUGGCAGGUUAACUGGCGAAGCGCUCCGACAAACUAUGAGAACACUUGCACCUUUCGGUCAUUAUUUCCGCUGUGUGGUCGACGGCUCCCCUGCAUUCGCCGCCCCCAUUACAAGCAUCGCUAGCAGCCCAAAUUUGAAUACAACCAUUUCAACCGUAGACAUCGCCUAUCUGCUACGGAAUCAACCAGAAACUUUGGCACAUAUAGUGCAACAAGCCUUCCAGUUCUUUCGCGAAUUUGGAGGCCACAUCUCAGAAAGGACUCAAUCCUUCCCGGCUAGCAACAUCGUAGCUGCUAUCCGUGCAGUUGAAACCGGUUCCGUCGAAAAUACUGUGGUCACAUAUUCAGCCAAAGAUAUUAUACCUGCUAAACUCUACCUUGAACCGUUGGAUCUCUCUCCAGGCCUGCUUCCUGGUACGUCUCUCGAUCCAAACGUCAUUUAUAUCUUGUCUGGCGGUCUUGGCGGCCUCGGCCGGUCUCUCUCUAUUUUUCUGGUUGAAAAACUUGGCGCUCGCAAACUCGUCUUCCUCUCACGCUCUGGUGCCACGUCGCCAUCAGCUUCUCAACUUCUUAACCACCUCCGGGCGUUAAAAACUCGCCCCACAAUUGCGGCUUACGUUUGCGAUGUGUCUGACCGCCGGGCUCUGGCGGACGCACUUUCAAAAGCGGAGGCGGAAAUGGGUGGAAAGGUCAGCGGCGUUAUCCAAUGCGCCAUGGUUCUGCGUGAUACUUUAUGGUCCAACACGUCCUACAAGCAGUGGGUCGAUUCGACGUUGCCAAAGGUUCAGGGAACAGCUAAUUUGUCUAUGUUGCUCCCGGACGUGGACUUCUUUCUGUCCCUAUCUUCCUUCGCCGGCAUCUUUGGAAACCGGGGGCAAGCCAACUAUGCAGCUGGCAACUGUUACCAAGACGCCCUGGCGAGGCACCGUCGACAGGCCUUGGGCCUAAAGUCAGGACUCACCAUCGACGUUCCGAGCAUGCGAGACAUCGGCGUCCUUGCAGAAACCGGCAUGCUAGAGUCCCUGAGGGAGUGGGACGAAGUGUACGGAAUAGACGAAGCUGAAUUCCAUCAUAUCAUAAGUUUGGCAGUACAGCGAGACAUGAGCGACCGUUCCCGCGACGCUGACCACCAACUUAUCCUGGGCAUCGCGACGGGCGGGUCGGCUUGUGUUGCCGGAAUCCAAAUACCAUAUUACCUUAAAAGCGAGGCCAAGUUUAGCAUUAUGGAAAAGACGGACAUGGUGUUUUUGGCUGACUCGCUGGAAGGCAGAGCUGCUUCAUCCGACCAAAGGAAGGACAAGAAGUCGAUCCGAGACGUCCUCACCAAGGUCGCGGACCUCGAUGAAGCUACCGAGGUUAUUAUGCAGGCGCUGGUAGAGCGCGUUGCGGAGAUGCAGCUUGUCUCUGUUGAGGAGAUUGACACGAGUCGGUACCUGCAUAGCUACGGUUUGGACUCUCUGGUGGCGAUCGAGGUCGCAAACUGGGCACUGAGGGAGGUUGGGAGUAAAAUCAGCGUGUUUGAAAUCAUGGCUGCCGUGCCUAUUACAACGCUGGCGGAGAAA